AUGCCCCACACCAAGCUGCUGCUCCUCCUCGCCCUCCUCUGUGCCACAGAAACCAGCAGGGCCUUCCGCCUCUACAACGCCGCCUCCAUUUUCAGCUGCCUCAACGCAGCCCUCACCGAGGCUCAGAAGAGCCUCCCAGAGGAAAACACCGUCUUGGACAAGCGUGGCUAUGACUACCAUCCAGCAGAGGAAGCAACUGAGGAGGAAGAGGAAGAGGCAGAGGAAGAGAGAGGGAAAAGGACAUUCCCAGGGGAAGGCCAUUACAAAUACACCUCCCAGGCACAGGUGAAGGGGAAGACCUACCAAAACCGUGCCAAAAGCGACCGCCGCACCAAAGUCACCCUGUCCCUCGACGUCCCCACCAACAUCAUGAAUAUCCUCUUCAACAUCGCCAAAGCCAAGAACUUGCGGGCGAAGGCUGCUGCCAAUGCACACCUCAUGGCCCAAAUUGGGCGGCGGAAGUGA